AUGUCGCAUUCCUGUUUGAACAAAAAGAAGCUCUAUAUGAAACUCCAAAAUCUGGAGUCAUUCUCCGUUCCAAAACAAUAUCUGGAACAGUAUCCAACAUCUGCUCGCGUAGCCGGUAACCUGCUCUUUAUUUUAGCGCUCUCCACAGGCGACAUAUUAUUUGACAUCCAGACUCGCCACGGUGCAAUCGAAGACAAAAUCGUGGGGGAUCUUGGAUGUGGCCCCGGCAUAUUGGCACUAGGAGCUCAUUUGCUGGGGGCCAGUUUCGUGGUCGGUUUUGACAUUGAUGAAGACGCCAUUGCCGACUUUCAAGGAAACCUGGAGAAUUUCCCUCAAGAAUCAUCAGGUGCCAUAAACCUAGUUCACUGCGAUGUAACUAGUUUGUCCCCUCCAAGAGUUAAGCCAUUCGAUACGACCAUCAUGAAUCCACCAUUCGGGACGUCAGACGAGACAAAAGGCACCGAUAUCAAAUUUCUUAAAGUUGCCCUGAGUAUGAGCAGAGAACAAGUGUACUCUCUACACAAAACAACGACUAGGAAGUACAUCGUGAAAACCGUUCGAGAGUUCGGUGCCAAUUGUGAGACCAUCGCAGAACUGCGCUUCGACAUCCCAAAAUUGUACAAGAAGCACAGACAGACCUCUAAGGACAUUGCUGUCGAUCUUGUUCGCUCCUGGUUUGAGGAAAGCAUAUCCUGA